GUCUAUAUUUAGCCUUAAACCCUCUCCUUUCCCCUUCUGUACUCCCCUGUGUGACCCUCGCUCAGUGCUGCAGGCAUUUCCAUAUCAGAGCAGAGAGAGAGACAGCGCCGGCUUACACAGAUUGAAAGACAGAAAGAGUUUCUGUUGAAUAGCUGCAUCCAUUCAGUGUAUUGGUUCACAAGUAGAGCGAUAAUGUAUGAGAGGAAGUGUAGACUUUUGGUGUAUGCGGGAACUCAGUUGUAGUUUGACGGCUCAGUUAGCUUGUUAUCCAUUUACACAUGGCAACGAGUAUAUGUGGUAGUCCUUUGAUAGCCUCUCUUACUGUGGUGUAACUAUGGAGGAUGGCGAGUUGGUAAUUCGGUUGCCAGGGCGAUCUGACUCACCUGUAGGAAAUAGGAGUUGCGGUGCUGGUGGUGGGUUUGGUGAGACGUUGGUGUUGCGGCACAAAGAGGUUCAUCACUUCUUCUUCGUCCCGUUCAGGGAGCAGCCCAUCUACAGCACGAGGGCCCACGUCUUCCAGAUUGACCCCAACACCAAGAAGAACUGGUUGCCCACCAGCAAGCAUGCCGUCACUGUGUCCUACUUCUACGACAGUACGCGCAAUGUUUACCGCAUCAUCAGCCUGGAUGGCACCAAGGCAAUAAUCAACAGCACCAUCAGUCCCAACAUGACAUUCACAAAGACCUCACAGAAGUUUGGCCAGUGGGCGGACAGUCGAGCUAACACUGUCUACGGCCUGGGAUUCUCCACUGAGCAUCAUCUAGCCAAGUUUGCAGAGAAGUUUGCAGAGUAUAAAGAAGCAGCACGGCUCGCUAAAGAGAAGAGUCAAGAAAAGAUGGAGAUGGCCACGUCUCCUUCUCAGGAGUCUCCAGGUGGCGAGCUCUCGUCACCUUUGACCCCAGUGACUCCGCCCAUGGAAAACAUCAAUGGCACAGAUGACAUCUGUGACACGACUCCCAACUCAGACACGCGUCCAGAGCCGUCUCAGAAUGCACUGGCCUUCGCACACAGCCCUGUCAUGACAAAACACUGGGAGGCUGAGCUGGAAGCACUAAAGGGGAACAAUGCCAAGCUCACGGCAGCUCUGCUGGAGUCCACAGCCAACGUCAAACAGUGGAAACAACAACUGGCUGCCUAUCAGGAGGAGGCCGAGAGACUACACAAACGGGUGACGGAGCUCGAGUGCCAGAGCAACCAAACCCCGGCUAUCAAAUCCCAGAAGACUGAACUCAACCAAACCAUAGAGGAACUGGAGAAUAUGCUAAGGGAUAAAGAAGAGGAAAUGGAAAAGUUUAAAGAGGAAUUGGAAAACAUGAAUGACCUGAUGGAGCAGAAAGACACCCUUACUCAGAAACUUGAGGAGACGGAGCUGCGCAGUCGGGUGCUAGAGGAGCAGCUGGCGGGGGCCGAGCAGCGGCUGGAGGAGAACCAGGAGGAGCAGGAGAAUUUCAGGAAGAGCCUGCGGACGCUGCUGGAGCUGCUGGACGGCAAGAUCUUUGAGCUGACGGAGCUCAGAGACACCUUGGCUCGGCUCAUAGAGGAGGCCAGCUAGAGACGGAGCUGCCUAAUCUUCACAGACAGAGCCAUAUGAUAAUGUACACUCUGAGAUCCCGAACUCAACCACACCAAUUCUACCCACCAUGCCCCACCUUCCUCCUAUACCCCACACACAUCAAAACUGAGACACUACACUGCCCCAAUUCUGAUUUUGCUCAAAAAGGGCAGCUAACUCCCCUAAUCAAGCUCCCAAUAAUCGCAGUUCAAGACAACGCAGGGACUACCUCAUCUUGCCUUCUGAUUGGCUGGUGUAGGCGUAACCUCGGUUGAAUUGAUCUCUCCAGAAGUAGGGAUGCCUGUCUUGGCACACUGCAACUGCCCCCCAAACCCACCCACACACUCUCAAAGAGUUAACUUGAGAUCUGUGCCUCAGUGCCACCUGCUGUUUGACUGGGAGAGCUGCACCACAGCUUGCAGCAUCACAUCACACACACAUACCCCUUUUCUUUCUCUCUGAACUGCCCCCUCCAAGGGGAAUGUUGAAAGUCAUGUGGAAAUAAUUGCUGUUAAGACUCAGAGAACUGCGCCAAAGCUGCCAAAUCCCCCCAAAAUAUUGUCCUCUAACUAGCAGAUGCUUUGAUCCAAAGUGACUUACUGUACAGAGAAGUGCUGAACAGAGAAACCACGUUUGAGCUCAGGCUGCCAGCGGAUUGUCACUGGAAACAGAGAAUUAAAGGAUGGCGCUCAACAAACCAGUAUUACCUAUUUACACAGGGCUGCUGGGAAAUUAAGUUUGGUUUACGUAUAUAUCCUAUAUAUUCACACCCUAUAUAAAAUCCUACAUGAUAGCUGAGUAUUGAAUCUUCCAGAGGAAUUGUUCGUGCCACACAGAAAUUUUAGAGGGUGUGUGCCCAUGAGGAAUGAGAAUUUCUGUAUCCAGACUGCUUCCACCGUCACAGACACCUGACCUGUCUUCCUGCCAAACUCAGUGUGGUGUGUGUUCCCAAACAAGGCCUGACCUGCGACAUAACGGCCUGACCUGCGACAUAACGCGUGCCUUCAAAGCACAUAUGCGUGGACACACGUUUGUAUAUAAUAUGUGUGUGUAAUUUAUGAGAGAGAAAGACCCUGUUUUUGGACAUCAAGGCCCACACACAGACACACACAGACAGACAGACACACGCACGCACACACACACACACACACACACACACACACACACACACACGCACACACACACACACACACUGAGCAAUACCAGACAGGCUCUAUACAACACCUCUAUCUAUCUCUAUCAGGUACUCUACUCAGUGGACUCAUGCAGAUAGGUCAAGUGCAACUCAGCUGAUUCCCCCUGUCCGACAGAAAGUGAACUACCGUUGACCGCGAACCUGUGUGGCAGCCCUUUCUGGUCGAAGUAGUGCAUCAUGAAGGGCUUAUAGAGUGUCAUCUAGGUGUUCGUAAAUCUCCACCCUCAGUGGAACUGACCACAGUAUUUCACUUACAUUGAGAACUGUACUCAGUUUCUAUCCUUUUUUACGCUGGAUAAAACACUGAUGAUAUAAUUAUAGAACUCUAUAAGACUACUUUCUACUCAUGACAUUGUAAAUGAAUGGAUGGAUAACUCAAAUGCAGUAACGCCCUGCAGUGGCUUAUUGUUGUGUAUUAACCUACGGAAAAGUAUUGCAUAGUUAUUAUAGAAUAUCUACUCUGUAGGAAAACAAUGAAAACCUCUUCAAUAUAUAUUCAAAAUGCGUAACAACACAAUGUAAACACAUAGUGUUAAGCGUUCUGUACCAAAACUUACACUUCUAAAGCAGCUCCUGUACCAGUUAAAUCCAAAACUGCAUCUUAAAAUCUUUUUCUUUAUAAUCACUCAAUUUCUAAAAAGCUAUAUUCUCACAUGAAAUGCUGCUUAUAUUUUUUUUCAAAUGAGCACCCUGUUUGCACUGUGUUAUAACACCGUUGUAACUACAUUAUAUAUCGAGAGAUUUUCAUUAAAUACUAGCACAGCCUAAUUCUGUACUUAAAAUAUUGUAGAUAGUUACACAGGUUAAUACACUGGAAUAAGACCCAUGUAAAGGAAGUUACCCAAUUUUUUUUCUUUCUGGUUUAUCUUUGACAGUCGAAUGACAGAGAUGGAAUACCUUGAUAUUAAUGCUAUUGUUAAUGAUAAUGAAUGCCUUUGUACAGUAGUGGAUAAUAAGCUUUUCAUUCUCCUGUUUUGUAACUUAUGAUAUUUAAAUGUAGGUAUUAUUAUUGUAUUUAGAGGUAUGAGAAGACUGGCAAUAUUUUUGACUAUUUAAAGUAAUUUUGAACUCAUGAUAUUAAAGAGGUACCUCAGGCCAAUGAUGUUCGUAGAUUGGUGAGACUUGUGUGUUUGCAGGUGAAAGGAUUUACCAAAUGCUGGUGAAAAACGAUCAGGAGACACACCUGUUGGUGCUUCAGCCAAACUAAAUCCUUUGUUGAAUUCAAACAAAGACAGCCCUACCAGGCUAAGAACACACAUCUGUGAACUGAGAAAUGCUAUGUUUUAUAUUCAAAUACAGUGACAGCAGAAUUCAGUGUGUGCAAAUCGCUUUUGUUAUGGUUUGUUUUUUAAGAAACACAUUAUUCAAAUUAUUCAACAGUGAAACAGACAAUCUCAGAAUUUGCUUCACAAGGUUUUAUUCAAAUGCAUGGGAGAGGUUGUAAAAAAAAAGGUUUGAAUAAAUGAAAAUGGUAGAACAAAAAGGCAAAAAGGUAUUCUUGGAACAGUAUAUUUAUACACUACUAAAGUGUAAAAACAACUGUAACGUUUAAUAAGUCCAUUGUUUUAGGCAACCAAUCUGAACUCAUUAUUACCCAUUUAACUUGUUUCGUCCCUUUUCUUGUAUUUUGAUAUUGCACUUCUCAAGUGUCUGACUGGCGUAUUCAGACAGCGGGUCAUAUAGUCAGCCUGCGUGGAUAACAGGUCUACAUAGGAAAUAUUCAGAAGCAAACACAUCACAAAACAAUUUGGCUGGAAAUGCUUUGGAAAAAAGGAUACAAACAAAGCAAUGGAACGCAAUGUAAAAUUACAGUUAGCUCCAAAAGGUUAUAUAUAGAUAAAGAUCAGUGUAAAGCACAUGACAGUGUGUUUCUAAGGUCAGUCUGAGCCCAGUUUCCCAAACAUUUUGAGCACAUUGUUUAAUGGAGCAAAGUAAACCUUAGCACUAACAUAUUUUGGGAAACUCUGCCCUGGUCAGUUAUAGUGCCAUAGAGUUGGGUAAGGUCUGGGAUAGGUUUUUAAGUUAAGAGUUAUGGUUAGAUCUCUUCCUCAUGCUACAUGAUGAGGGUACCAUGGACGAACAUUGUGCUGACAGUGACAGAAGACAUGUACAGUAAAAGUGCCUCAGGUUUGCUCUGCCAGCAUUGAGCUAUUUUCAAGCUGACACACACUUCCAUGCCUGUUCUUUCUACAUUAGUGCGUGCUUUAUGAUUAAUCUGCAAAUGGCUCUCAACACAAGAACAAGAGAAAAACAUAAAUCUUUGCUGUUUGUGCAUGCUGAGGCUGUUUCAGAAUUAGAGCUUAGUUUAUGAAUUCACAUACUUUUGCUUCAUGUUAACAUGUAUGUUAGCAUGAAUUCCUCUGCUGCUAAGCAUCCCACUGGUCCUGACAUACUGUCCUUCCAUCACACCUCUGUAGGUCCAGGUCCACAUUGUUUGGUGCUUUUUAACUUACUCAUCUGCUACAGAUAUGUUUCACCAGUGAUGAAAAAAAGUUGUUACUGUGCAAAGUGAUUCAUAAUUUGUACUAUGCAUUAUCAAAGUGCUGAAACCAUUUAAAAAAAAA